AUGUUACCCAUCAAAAAGGAUGAUCAUGAAUGUUUCCUUAUUAUUUGUUCUCUUUUUCAGACAUUGCUACAAUACGCUGGUAAUCGGGGUGCUGCAGAGCACAUUUUGCCUUUAUUGGAAGUAUAUCGAGUCGCCAUUCAAAGCUUUGCCAGUGCCCGACGUUACUUAACUACAGAAUGUGAAGACGUUCUUCUGGUACUUGGCAGGCUAGUCCUGAGCUGUUUUGAACUACUGCUUUCCGUGCCUGAAAGUGAAGAGGAGUGUGAACCAUUGUUAAAACUGUUUCAGUCCAUACAGGAUUCCCAUAAUUCUUUACUUGAAUUUGGAGAUAGCAGUCUUGAAAUAUUGGCUGACAUCUCCAAAGAAGGUGUGUGGAAGAAUCCAGUUCUUUUAAAGAUUGUAUCACAGCAGCCAGUGGACACAGAAGAAGUCAAUGUGCUGAUUAAACGAGAAGGACCAGCUUUUCUGCAGAUGCGAAUAAAACAUUUGAUGAAGACAAACUGCCUUCCUCAAGCUGCUUCAUUGUCCAAAUUGUGUAAAGAUUCCACAGAAAUUUCAGAUGUAUCACCUUUCCUUCAAGCCUACAUCACAUGUUUGUGCUCCAUGCAUCCAAAUGAAGAAUCUAUCAGAGAGAUUGCGAAGGUAGACUGCAAAGUAGUUCUGGAUAUGAUCUGUAACCUAGAAACCGAGGGCCAAGAGAGUACUGCAUUUAUUCUUUGUACCACAUACCUCACUCAGCAGCUUCAGACUGCAAGUGUGUACUGCUCUUGGGAACUAACUUUAUUUUGGAGCAAGCUACAAAGAAGAAUCGAUCCAUCUUUAGAUUCUUUCCUGGAGCGAUGUCGGCAGUUUGGCAUUAUUGCUAGAACACUACAACAUCUGUUCUUCUUGAUAAGAGUCAUACAAGCUGAAGCUGAAGAAGCAGGGCUUGCUGUGUCAAUUCUGUUAUGUGUGAGAGCCCUGCAGCUCAGAUCGAAUGAAAAUGAUGACAUGAAGACCUCUGUAUGCAAAACCAUUGCAUGCCUUCUGCCAGAAGACCUUGAGGUUCGGAGAGCAUGCCAGCUCACUGAAUACUUGCUGGAGCCAAGUGAGGAGGGGUACAAUCUACUGGAAGAACUCUACCUGCAACCAGACCAGAAAUUUGAUGAAGAAAAUGCUCCCGUUCCAAACUCACUCCGUUGUGAGCUCCUGUUGGCUUUGAAGGCUUAUUGGCCAUUUGAUCCAGAAUUUUGGGACUGGAAAACUUUGAGGCGAAAUUGUCUCAGACGGUUAGGGAAAGAAGUUUCCGAGUCAGAGGAAGACCUGAGUUGCAACGAGAUGAUGUUCAACGAAACUGAACUGUUAGAUAGUCUCCUCAGUGACUGUGAAGAAACCAGGGAAGAAAAUAAUUUUGAAGGUCUAAAUCAGCCUAAAGAAAGAGUGAGGGUCAAAAAGCCAAUAGGCUCCUCAGAAAGAUACCAGAGGUGGCUUCAGUACAAGUUCUUCUGUCUCAUCUGUAAAAGGGAGUGUAUAGAGGCCAGAAUACUUCACCAUUCUAAGAUGCAUAUGGAGGAUGGCGUUUUUACAUGUCCAGUGUGCAUAAAAAAGUUCAAGAGGAAGGAUGUCUUUGUGACUCAUGUAAUGGAGCAUGUGAAAAUGCCUCCUAGCAGGAAAUACCGUGCAAAGAAAAAAAUCCUGAUAAAGAAAGAGAGAUUGACAAAGAACAGUCUACCUGUUGCUUCCACACGACUAGAAGAAAAUCAAUCAUUGGAAAUAAUACCCUGCAAAAAACCCAGAACUGACACACAAGACUAUGUCACGUUUAGCAAGCUGGAAAACUGCCACUUGCAGGACAGAGACGUAUACCCAUGCCCAGGCACAGAUUGCUCUAGAGUGUUCAAGCAGUUCAAGUACUUAAGUGUUCAUUUAAAAGCUGAGCACCAAAACAAUGACGAAAAUGCAAUGCACUACUUGGACAUGAAAAACAGGCGUGAGAAGUGUUCGUACUGCAGGAGGCAUUUCAUGUCAGCAUUCCAUCUACGGGAGCAUGAACAGGUGCACAGUGGUCCUCAGCCUUACAUGUGUGUGUCUGUGGGAUGCUAUGCUAGGUUUGGCUCUGUGAACGAGUUGUUACAUCACAAGCAGCAACAUGAUGAUCUGCGUUAUAAAUGUGAGCUCAGUGGGUGUAACAUUGUUUUCAGUGACUUGGGACAGCUCUACCACCAUGAAGCUCAACAUUUUAGAGAUGCAUCGUACACAUGUAAUUUCCACGGCUGUAAAAAGUUCUAUUAUUCAAAAACAGAGUUUACAAAUCACUUGUCGAUGCAUAUUUCCAAUGGUGAAAUGAAGGAAGUGCCGAUUAAACAUGAGGAAAAUGUUUCUAGGGACAGGCUUGUCUGCCUCUCAGAUUCAGAACUGUAUGAACAAGAAGGCCCAUCUCAUCUUCCUGAGAGUCUUAGUUUGCCUUCUGGAUCUACAAAUUCAGAAGGAAUCUUAGACAUUAAACAAGAGCCUUUAUCUGAUGGUGAGGUGGAUGGCAAAAGUAAUGGCAGUUUUGUAAGCAGUGUUGCUUCCCCAGCCAAUGAGAAGCAGAUGACCGUAUUGACUGAAACAAUAGACUGUGCGAAUUCAGUUUCUGGUGUUUUAUUGCCCCAUGACAAAGUCUUCCUCCCAUCCAAUUUAAAAGAGCAAUACUCAAAUGUGGCUGUCUACUUUGAUGGGAAAAGGUUUACCUGUGGCUUUGAAGGUUGUGGAUCAACAUACAAAAAUUCAAAGGGUAUACAGAAACAUCUUCGAAGGGCUCAUCCAUACCAUUUCAAACUUAGAAGGAAGCUAGGCCUGAAAGCUAAAGAUGCUAAUCAGUUAACUGAACGUCUGCAAAAUAGCACUGCUGGAGAGAUUCAUUCAGAGGUCCAGAAUCAUCCAAAUAUAAAUGCAGACUCUCUGGGCAUUAUUGAUUGUAAUACAAAUUCUAAAAAUAAAGGCUAUUUAAAGGAAGAACCCUGGCCCUCUUCCCCGGAAACCUCCUUUUUUGAACAUCCUAAAGCAUCAAGCACAGAAGAUGCAAUGUUGGAACUUCUUUUGGGCUUGAAGCAUUUAAGUUUGAAAAAUACAAGCGCUCGUCUUGGAAGUUCUUCCAGUCUACUGCAGUCAUAUCCAUCAAAGUGCCCCAACUCUGAAGAUGAAUCUACCUCAGACCAUUACUUUGAAGAGCAGCAAGGCAAAUUACCAAACCAAUACCUUACUCAAUUGGCAGCCAAGCCAUUUUUCUGCGAGCGCCAAGGUUGCACUUGUGAAUUUGUGACACGAGAAGCAUUGUUGACUCAUUAUGUUAGAAAACACAAUUAUUCAAAGGAGAUGGUGCUUCAGUUGAACAUGUUUCAGUAUCGCUAUUCACCUUUUAAAUGUCAUAUUUGCCAAAGAUCAUUUACAAGAAAAACGCAUCUUAGAGUACAUUAUAGGAACAAGCAUAAGCUUGGCAAAGUGACAGCAACUCAGAAACUGUUUGCUAAUGAAAGUUUUGAAGAUAUGGGUGAUUAUGCUGAGGAUACGCUGAACAGCAGUGUGGCUUCUGUGUCUCCUUUCUAUGCCAAUACAGAGGAAGAGCUUGAUGACCAAGCUAAACUUACUGAUGAACAGCUCUGUCAUCCCAAGAAGGAAGACCUCAGUUCUGAAACAGAUCUGGAGUCUAGUGAAGAUGCAGAAAGCUGUAUAUCUGGGAAACAGACUAAACUCUCUGCUCUGGAAAGCCAUCGGAAAGGUCUGGAAGCACAAGAGGGAAGGGGAAGUAAAAGAACAGUUGCCAAAGGAAACUUAUGUUACAUUUUACAUAAAUACCACAAGCCGUUCCAUUGUAUUCAUAAAAAUUGUAAUUCUGCCUUUACCAACCAGAAAGGCUUGAUUCGUCACUACAGAACUGUACAUCAGUAUAACAAAGAGCAGCUCUGCCUGGAGAAAGACAAAGCGAGAUCGAAGAGGGAACUUGCCAAAUGUAAAAAAAUAUUUGUGUGUAAACAUAAGGCAUGCAGCAAGCGUUUCUUGUGUUCCAAAUCACUUGCUAAGCACUGCAGUGACUUUCAUGCCCUUGACCAUGAGGAGGAUUCAAAAGUGCUUUCUGAAACUGAAGCAGUGAGAUUCCCUUGUCGUCAUCCUCACUGUCCUGCUGCAUUUUAUUCCCUGCACAAGCUACAGCAUCACUUGACGGAAGAACAUGCUAAGGGGGGAGAAAUGAAUAAAGAUAUUGAAAUCCAUUGUGAUCGUAAUGGCUGCAACCGGGUUUUCACAACUUACAGCCGCUAUGCGCAGCAUGUAUAUUUUCGACACAGUGAUUAUGAUGGGAUGUCGGGAGGUACCAAAGAAAAAGGGAACCACCUCAAAGAUAACCGGGAACAAAGCUGCUUAAAAAAUCGAUGUCUCAGACAUGAAGUGAGUGAGAAAAAGAGACAGACCAAUGAAAAAGUUGAAAAGAACAAUAAUAAAAAUAAAGGAAAGCAGUUGUAUAACUUCAGAACAAAGGAGGAAGCCCUGCAGAUGUGCAGAGACAACUGCAACCAGACACAGUAUCCUUGCAUGAUUCAGGGGUGUCCCUCAGUAGUAAAACUGGAAAGCAGUAUUGUGAGACAUUAUAAGCGUACCCAUCAGAUGGCCAGUGUUUAUAUAGAGCAGCAAUAUGAGGAACUUGUACUUUGUGUUGAAUGUGGUACUGUGAUAAAUGACUCCUGUUUAGAAGCAAAUCGGGGUUCAAAUAAAGAAGCAAGCCGAAACUUUAAGCAGGAGAUGACAGUGCAUUCUGCAUAUCAACAUGGAAGGGAAGAGCAGCUUGUUCUAAACUCAGAUUGUGAUCAUGAUGAGAGAGGCAUUAAAAAUGGCAGGUGCUCUGUGGGUGACACAGCCCAGGAGGCUGGUAUCAUUUUGUGUACAGACCCUUUAAAACAUGUCCACAAUUCCAAAACCAGAUGUUUUGAAGAAUGUAAUCGAAUGAAGUCAGCUCAGCAGUGUGAAGCAGAAGACUUUCCAGGAACUGAUGGGAGAGAGAACAUCUACUCCACAAAGUCAGAUGUACAGUUACCAAAAGAGAAAGAUGCUAAUGACAAGCAACAUACAUCAACUCACCCGAGCACUAAAAAGCUUCCUGCUCUGAAAGAAAAAGUGCAGAAACCCUUUGAUUUAAAAUCCUUCAAGCCAAUGGGUUUUGAGUCCUCAUUUUUGAAGUUCAUUCAAGAAAGUGAGGAACGAGGAGAUGACGAUGACAGUGACGAUGAUUUUGAGGACAAGUGGGAGCCAACGAAACAAUAUGAAAUGGAUGAAAUGGUAAAAAAGGAUAAAGACUCAAAAAGGGAUUUAUUGCAGGGGAGGGCUAGAUAUGAAAAUGUCCCACCAGCAAUCGUGUCCAAGAGGAAUACUGGUUCCAGAGCUCCUGGGCAGCUGAGAGGAAUACAGCCCCUGUUGUCAACAGACUCUCCUUCUAUCCCUUCUCUGGAAAACCUGAGGGCCAUAUUGGACAAGGCAUUAACAAACUGUGGGGACCAUGCCUUAAAACAACUUCAUUAUUUACGACCAGUUGUUGUUCUUGAAAGAUCAAAGUUUUCCACGUCCCUCAUAGAUUUCUUUCCAACAAAAAAAACAGAUCACCUUUGUGUGGGAAGUUCGUAAAUUGUUGUGUUUAUUUAAAAGAAAAACAAAAAAACUGCCUCCACUACUGCUACAUGGGGAAAAUUUGCUAAUUUGGUUCUUUGCACCUGUCAUUGAGGUUAGAUUAGGCUGUUCAGUCCCAUGAAUGUAUGACAUCUGUCCACAGUAGAGGUUGGCAACUUGUGGUUUUCCACCUGUUACUGACCCGCAACUCCAACCAGCCAUACCCAGCAUUGUCAACAGUAGGGGCUGGGUGUUAGGAGUCUACCAACAUAGAAGGUUGCAAGUUGUCAUGCUGUGGUUUACAGUAUUGGCUAAUAUAGCUCCCCUGUUAAACUGAAGAGAGUGAACUAGUAUUUUGGUGCUACUUAACAGAAAUAUUGUGGGGAGUUUCCUCUUGCAAAGUAAAUGUGCAUGAUUGUAUAUGGAACAAGUACUUAGGGUACCAAGGAUGGGAUGGGAGGGUUGGGUGGGAGGAUGGAAAUCUUACUUGACUUGAAUGUGCACCUCAUGGUGCUUUGUGUAACAUAUUGUACACUACAGCAUCUUAUAUUUUUUGAGUUAUGCGUUUCAAUAAAAGGAAUUUUUUCACCCA